GCAACAAUGCCCCAGAAUUCACCCCACUAUUAAACUAGAGCAAAGUCCACAGCAGGUUUCAUGGAGAAGUGCCGAGCAAAGGCCAGGACUCCAGGAAAGGACGACCACAGACCAGGGACAGUCGCCUGUCCUGAGUGAGGAUCCCUGUGCCAGCCCCAGCUGUGGGGGGCCAUGAGCUCUGUGCUGUCCACCUUCUUGCAGGAACUCCCAGGCCCGUUCCUAGUCCUGGGGAUCUUCCUGCCCGUGACUCUGCUGCUUCUCCUCCUGAUUGCCUACUUCAGGAUCAAAUUGAUGGCGGUUGAUGAAGAACUGUCUCAGAUUUCUGAUCGCCAAAACAAGUAUGGUUCUUCCCUAUAUAGGCAAAUGAGACGAAGGUGACUGUUGGGAUCACUCAGUGGAUAAAGCACCGUGAAUUCUAAAGGUCACAGAGCAGUGGUCAACAGAACCCUGGGGAAGUGAGGACAGUGAAUGCAUCAGCUACUAUCACAGGACAUCUAUGUGAUCUGGUAUUAAUGGCAGUUCUUCAGAAAGUGCCAAGGACUAAAAAUCUUAUUAUGCUCAAUGCAUAAGGCACAUCAUGAGUUUCUUUUAUUGUGACUACAUUUACUUGAGGGGGGGUGUUUUUAAAAUAAAAUUUCUAGACCUCAUCA